GCCGGGCUGGUAGCCACUCUGUUAGUUUUCUGGCGCGGCCCUUCGUGUAUAAUGAUGACUCACAACAGUCAAAAGGCGGCAUGAGAAGCAGAUUCUUAUUAAUUGAAAAUCUGUGUCUCACUCUCAAAUAGAAAAAAGCAAUCCUUUAAUUAGCUUUUUCUCUGCUCUAAGCUCUCUCUCUUUCUGUCAGUUAAAAGAAAUCCCAUAAUUUGCUUUUUCUCUGUUCUAACCAUUGCUCUCUUUAUCUCUCUUUCUUCUCUCGAAGUUCGCGCUCCUGCCAGUUGGGGUUUUUGUUUUCCUUGGUUCAAAAAUUCAGGCAUUCCAUAUGGCACUUGGAUCAGUCCAAAUGGAAGGAAAGGAAGAGGGCUCUUUGCAGUCAAUUCGCUACUCACCUGGUCGCCUUGAGCUUCUCGAUCAGCAAAGACUACCUCAUGAGUCUGUAUACUUGGAUAUCAACAAUACUGAGAGUGGAUGGAUCGCAAUAAAGGACCUGGUGGUCCGUGGUGCACCUGCAAUUGCUAUAUCAGCAGCUCUCUCACUAGCUGUAGAAGUCUCCAACUUGAAAUCUUUUGAUGGCACAUCUACUGAUGCUGCUUCAUUUCUGGUCAAGAAGUUGGAAUACUUAGUUUCCAGUCGACCCACAGCUGUAAACCUUUCGGAUGCUGCAACAAGGCUGAAAGAAAUAGUGUUGAAGGCAGCUACUGAUGGAAAUGCUGAAUCUGUUUUCCAGGCCUAUAUUGAAGCUGCUGAAGCUAUGCUUGUUGAUGAUGUUAGAUCAAACAAAGCAAUUGGAAAGCAUGGAGCCGACUUUAUUAUGAACCAGCACAAAGAUUCUAAAAAGCUUUCAAUCUUAACACAUUGCAACACUGGAAGUCUUGCCACAGCUGGAUAUGGUACUGCUCUUGGUGUUAUCCGCGCACUUCAUGCCGAAGGGGUCUUAGAAACAGCAUUUUUCACAGAAACUCGGCCAGUUAACCAGGGAUCGAGGUUAACAGCUUAUGAACUGGUCCAUGAUAAGAUACCUGCUACUCUCAUAACAGAUUCUGCUGCGGCUGCACUAAUGAAAGCUGGACGUGUGGAUGCAGUCAUAGUUGGUGCUGAUAGAAUUGCAGCAAAUGGUGACACUGCUAAUAAGAUUGGAACUUACAGCCAUGCCAUCUCGGCAUCAUAUCAUGGAGUGCCAUUUUAUGUGGCUGCACCUUUUACAUCUAUUGAUCUCUCUCUAACCUCUGGAGACCAGAUCACUAUUGAGGAGAGAUCAGCAAAGGAGUUGACUCAUGCUCGUGGAGGGCAAGGGGAACAAGUAGUUGUCAAUGGCAUUUCUGCAUGGAACCCAGCUUUUGAUGUUACACCUGCUAGUCUGAUAACAGCCAUCAUCACAGAGAAGGGGGUCAUCACAAAGGCUUCUGCAAAUGAUUUCAAGAUAAGGGAUUUUAUUCACUAGUAGCCCACCCAUUACAAGAUAAAGGAGUUGAUGAUACUCUUCAAGAUUUUCAGCUGGAUCUCACUGUUUGGAUGACGUGAGAGUUCAUUGAAGAUGCUCUGGCUUUGGUGUCCCCAUGAACCAGGUUGUAGUCUCCCCCCGGCUCGAUCAUGUAAACUCUCUCUCUCUCUCUCUCUCUCUCUCUCAGGUUAAAUGGAUAAUUGCUACAACAGCCUCUGUAGCUUCAAAGGGUUAUUUGGACUAAGGAACCCAUGGGCGCCAUUGUGAAAGAAGCUAAUAUACCUUCAGACCGAAAAGCAAAUACUAAUGUGAAAACCAAAACAACACUUGUUUAUUAAUGCUGCUUCCUAGUAACAUUAUCUGAAAAUGAUGUCUAAAUUGAUGCACUCUCACACGCAAAUUUAAAUGAUAGUGGUAGUAGUACUAUUGCAA